AUGCAUGAACACACCUACGAAGCCCCCUUCUUCAACUCGCCCUAUUCAAUUUACCGCGGCCCUCCAUCGCCCGAAGUCGACGCCGCCUGGGAAGCAAUCGAGUACCCAGCGCAGAUGCAUUUCUCACGUGAAGAAAUCAUCAAGCUAGGCAAGGACCCAGAAGCCGCCGCAAAGCUGCCCGAAGAAUGGGGCUACGGCGCCGACCGCUACUUCGGCGUCCUCGACGGGCAGCACCUGAUACACUGCGUCAACCUCCUGCGCCAGUGGUCCCACUUCGACUACUACUUCCCAAAGUACACGCCGCAGUCUCAAGCACCACCGCUUGCGUCCGCACAUAAAGAUCACUGCGUCGCAGUUCUGCUGGAGCACUUGACGUGCCAGCCUAGUCUGAAUGUUUUUACGUACUACUGGAUGGAAGGACAGCCGGACCCCUAUCCCAACUUUGAGAUCAACAGAAAGUGCCAGAAUCACAGGGACUUGCUGGAGUGGCAGAGGGAGAGGGAGGUUGCGCCGGAGUUUAGGGAGUUGAGUUUCGAGAGGCCAGAGGGGGCAAAGGUUAGGCCCGCGGAUCCGCGAUUGGCGAUGGUCGAGGGGUGGGUGUGGAAUGGGUCUGCGCCGAUAUAG